GUCUGGUAAGAAUGCAAGGACCAUCCCACUCAGAAACACAAGGCAGUGAGCUGCAUGUACAGUCUGCACAGCUACAAGAUCCAAGAACCACACACAUUCACAAGGCAGAGCACUUGUUUACCCUGUGGAUGAAGAAUUCUUGAUAAGCUUGUCCGAAACAAAAGUUCAGUAUGGAGAAAACAAACGGAGAAGAUGUGCAAUCAAAAAGGGAGAAGAAGGAAAACCGCAUGUCCUAUUCUGUGGAAACACCUUAUGGAUUUCACUUAGAUCUUGACUUUCUGAAGUACGUUCAUGACAUUGAGAAAGGAAACACCAUUAAAAGAAUACAUAUUCAUCGAAGGGCAAAGCAAUCCAAAUUCAGUACUCUUCCUCGCAAUUUUAGCGUGCCAGACAGUAGUUCUCAUUUGUAUAGUUCUACCGCAAGCCGAACUUGGAGUCCUAGCAACUACAAAACCGAUACAAAGGACAACAAUGCUUUCUCUGCUGGCGAUUCAUCGCUACGUCUUCGAUAUGUUCAUGAAUUAAAUUAUCGAAGGAAAGAUCAUGUUUUUGAUACUCAGAAACCCACGGGAGAAGUUUAUCCUGAAGAUUUCAGUGACUGCAGAAGUAGGCCUCAGUUUACACGUGCAUCCAGUAUGCCAGCUUCACUUCCACAAAGCACAAUGUCAUUGGAACAAACCCAGUACCUAAAGCUUCCACAACCAAUCAAUAAAUUUAGUGACAACAGGAUACAAAACUUGGAGGAACCUUCAGGGUUGCCGCAUGUAGGUUCCGAUACUCAAAUCACAUCAGCACUGAAAAGAAUACAAGAUCUUGAAGAGCAGUUAAAAAGCAUUCCUGAAUUAAAGCAGACAAUAUCGGUUCUUAAAGAUAACAAUAACCAAAUUACUGUUCAGCUCAGAUCUCUCUCCCAACUGCUGACAAACAAAAACGAACAUGAGACUUUGGAGUUGAGCAUUUCAGAAAGUGAAUCUAAUGCUGAAGCUGCGAUCAUCAGAAAUGGGGAAGACAAUCAUCAUGGUCAAUUGCCCUCAUCCGACUUCAAUCUCUCCAUCUUUUCAGACAUUGAACGACAGGUUACAGUUUUAAAAGAACAGUUACAGGAUAGCACAAUGGAGCUCCAGAAUCUUCAGGAGUUGGUGGAGAGACAAAACAAUGAGAUUAAAGAAAAGGAUGCACAUAUUACAGAACUAAGAGACAUUCUAAUAGAAAUGGAGAAAACCAUUGAAAGCACAAAAAAAGAAGAAAUACAACACAGAGAUCUUGCGGUAAAUACGGAGCAAGUGCAGAUCACAGACUUGAAAGAAACUUGCGAUAAGAGCGUGCAUGCCAGCAUUUCAGCUGAUACUCGGUCGGUGGGAUGUGGAGAAUUUACAUUGGACCAAUGUGAGAGUGAACUAGAAUGUGUAGAUCGGGCUGACUCAAAUAACGAUGACGAAUCUUCAGGCCUGAUUUUGGAGACUUGUAUUACAAUGGAUGUACCAAGUAGCCAGAAUCUGUUCGGCAAUGAACUGAACAUGGGCAAAGCUACAAAGAGCGAUGGAAAUGUUGGCCAAAUUGCGCAUGUCCCUCUGGAUAUAAUAGUACGUCAAGCGCAGAUUGGUGAAAGUACUGUACACUGCAGUGAAAGCAUUAUUGAAACCAAGCAUUGUCCAAGUGAAGCUACUGCUUCAGGAGAUGCCUCUAUAGGACAGUACGUAAGAAGAAUCCAGGAUCUUUUGCAAGAGCAGUGGACAUGUUUAGAAACUGGAUACCCAGACCUGGCAAGUGCGAUAAAACAGCCAGCCUCUAAGCUCAGCUCAAUCCAGAACCAGCUGGUGAACUCUCUCAAUGUACUAUCCUCAGUUUACUCUUCACAAAUGUCAUCAGAUAAGGAGCAUUCUCAAACAGGAAGCCAACAAGCAGCAGGAGCUUCCCCUAGAAGUAGUCUCAAGUCCAUCAUGAAAAAGAAAUCCAGCAAUUGUCGCUCAGGACAGGAAUCUCUAGCGAAGAAGAAUCUCCAGUUUGUUGGGGUCAAUGGUGGAUAUGAAACAACCUCAAGUGAGGAUUCAAGCUCGUCAGAAGAGUUCUGCAGUGUUGAAAGCGAGAAGGCAGAAGGUCCAACAAAUUUACCAGAUGGCAGCAACAACCAAUUGGCCACGUCGCCCAUAUCCCCAGAGAAUGAGAAGGAAGAAUCUGCAGAGCUUACUGGCCCAGCAGUGUGUGAGGUCCAGCACAGUGUGCAAAGGUAUGCAGUGGGCGAUACCUUCCGCAGUGACUGCCAGAUUUUAAGCAGUCGUCUUGCAGAACUCCAAAAUACAUCCGACAAUCAACUGAGACAAACCUUGUACACAGUCUGCCAAGAAUGGUUCAGAGUUUCCAGCCAGAAAUCAUCCAGCCCCGACCUUGUUGCAGUUUAUCUGGAAGAAAUCAGGUCGAUCAGCCCACAACUCUUACAGAUGGUUGUCAAUAUCGCAGAUGAAAAUGGGAAUACUUCCUUGCAUUACAGUGUUUCACAUUCCAACUUCGGGAUCGUUAAACUCCUGCUGGAGACAGGUGUGUGUGAUGUAGACCAUCAAAAUAAAGCCGGGUACACCCCAGUAAUGCUCACUCCUUUGGCAUCGGCAGAAACAGAUGAAGACAUGGAGGUAGUUCUGGAGCUUCUGAACAGCGGGAAUGUAAACUUGUGCGCAACUCAGGGCGGACAGACUGCCUUGAUGCUGGGUGUAAGCCACGGCCGGUCAGACAUGGUGAAAGUCCUGUUACAUUGUGGUGCGGACGUGAAUCUGCAGGAUAAGGAUGGGGAAUCUGCUUUGAUGAUCGCUUGUCAACUGGGCAACAUGGAGAUGGUGAAGCUCCUGGUAUCCCAUCCAGAGUGUGACAUUGAACUCACUGACAAGGCUGGAAACUCUGCUUUGUCUCUUGUUCUGAAUUCUACCCACACUGAGAUUGCUGAAUUUCUACAAGCCCACACAGAGCUCCGCAGUUCCUGCCCUUCGACUGAGAUGGAAAAAGGAGCUUCAUUGUAAAUAGAGUUUGAAAACAAAAGCCCUAUUCUUGGUUAGGUCUCUCUAAUUGUUAGGACUGCACUAGCUCCGAAUGUUAGAAUCCAUUCCUGUAUUGUUUUUCAUAUAGAGAAACUAUUUAAAAUAUGUCUAUAUGUUUAUACUCAUGUACCAAGUUUUCAGAAUAAUCCAUAUUUUGUCAUUUGUUUAAUAGGCAAAUCUAUUUUUUCAGCAACUUUAAGACAUGUUGGCUUCUUUCGAAAUGACAAUCUCAAGGUUGGAUAUAUACAGGAUUCAUACAGUUACCCCUUCAUCUGGGCAAAUCUCAAAACACAUGAGUAUUCAUAUAGUGAUCAUCGUAAGGUCAUGUCAUAUGUAUCGAACGGAAAGCACAAGGAUUUUUGUAUACCCCAAAAAAACCAUUGAAUACCAAAGGCACAUUUAUAUUCAUCAACCAGCAACACUAGCU